CUCGAGUACAGCUUUAUUUCUACCAAGCCACGACUCGUCCAACCCCUAGGCUGCGCGUACCCUACCUACGCCAAAUCUCCAGCCCAAGCUUUAGGAAUAACGACGAAAAUGGCCUCACCACCCCACGUCCCGCAGCUCAACAUCCCCUCCCGCAAACGGUCAUCUAUCUCCAGCAUCUCGUCGGCCGCCAAAAAGCGCAAACCCUCUGGCCUCCGCCACACCUUUGCUCCCGAGUCCGAAGUUGCCGUUGGCUCGCCUCUCCGCUACUCGCGCUCACCGUCAGCCGACAGCGUAGCCACGGGUUCCGUUGCUGGAGGAAGGAAGCGCAAGAGAAGAGAUGGAGACGCAGUGAGCGUAACGGGGAGCAGUGCACGCGGCGGGAAGGCAAGGAGCGCGGUAGAUGGAGGCGCAGGAGGAGAAGGAGGCGAGGGAGAGGAAGGAGAGGAGCUAGAUGAUGAGGACUUGGAGGAGGAAAUGGACGCCGUGCUUGAGGGUGGGAAGGCCACAGACGCGACCAAGAAGCAGGAGAAAGAGCAUGAGCGGAUUCUCAUGCAAGCCAUGGACGCCGACCAAUCCGAGCGCUACGCAACCUACCGCCGCAUCCGCCUAAAGCGCGAAACCGUCCGCAAACUCGUCAACCAAACCCUCUCCCAGUCCGUCCCGCAGCCCGUCAUCAUCGCCGUAACAUCCUACUCCAAAGCCUUCAUCGGCGAGCUGAUUGACAUGGCGCUCACGGUCCGCGACGAGUGGACCGCGGCACGAACACACAUCCCGAACCCCGAUCUACCCCCCGCAGUCCUGAUUGCAGGCCUCCAUGAACCCUUCGGUCAUAGGAAGGAUAGCAAGCCGAGCAGCAUGCAGAUCCAGCAGGCGGGCUAUUAUUUGAACCAGGUGGACAAGGACGCGGGCUUUUGGAAGGAGAUUGCGAAGGAUGCGACGCUCCAGGAGCGCUUGAAGGAGUGCGACAAGGGGCCGUUGACGCCAGCGCAUCUGCGCGAGGCGCUGAGGCGGUAUAAGAGGGAUAGGGAGGGUGGUGGUGCGGGCUUUGCGGGAUUGAGUCUGGAGGGGCCGGAGAGGACGCUCGCGAGGACGGGCGGGAAGAGACUGUUCCGUUGAAGCCGAAAGUGGCGGUUUUCAUCUUGGUAUGGGGUGGUGAGGAUGCGUGUAUCAUCCGGGAUCAAAUCGGCAAUGAGAAGGCGCCUCUUGACUGGUUCUUCCACAUUAUUUGCCCAUACCUCAACAUAAGUCCUCCCAAGAACGAUCUUGAGCGGCGAGCUUCAGUCAUAGUACAUUGCAUGCAUAGCGUGGAGUUCGGAGUAUAGGC